AUGUCAUUAUCGAUGGAGAAGAAGCAUUUGCAACCAGUAUUAAGAUCUCCCCAUAAUAAUAGGAAGUUAUCAUGCGAGGAGAUUAUCGAUGAGAUGGAAAAGGAACAAGAUGCAGCAGUCGUUAGGUUACUGAGAGAAGUUGAUAGAUUAAAGGCUGAGAACUUACAACUUCGUAAGCAAAUACAUUCGAACUCUUUUGCUAGCAGUAAUGGUAGUGGUAGUGGUAGUAGUCGUCAAAGUAGUCAGUUUUCUAAUGAGUCCCCACUGGGAGUGGAUUCAGAAUAUCACUAUAUGCUACCCAGUCAUAGAAGUUCGCUAGCAAGAGGAACUUCACUUCAAGGAGCAUCCACUUUCCAUCCAAUAGAUACGUCAAUACCCACACAGACUGUGCAGAGGAAAAGAGGAGCUUCAAUUACAUCGCCACGUACAAGUAUGCUUUCGGUAGAUUCUUCGCCUGUGUGUAAUGGUGAAGUUGUUGAUCCAUUACAUGACGUGCCGAGGCCCUGGUCAGGCGCAGGUGGAGGUUCACCAGCAGAAGCCGCUAGAAGGUGGCAGGAAUAUAGGAUAAGGUAA